AGAGCCUCACUUGCCUGGAAGUACCCACCUGUGGCUGAAGGGUGUUUCCUAACUGUUCAGGGCUGCAUAGCCUGAUGAAUAAGGCUCUCAUUCUCUUACAAAAUAACCCAAGAAGUGAGUCAGAGGUGAUGGUGCCAUGGAAGAAGGACCACCAGGUGACACCAAGACUGUGGAGAUGUGAUCCGCCUCUUUUUCCUCUGUGAACGCAUAUGCCAGUUCCUUCUGCUGAAAACAGCUAAGCUUGCUGUUCGGAUUUCUUAGAAUUCUGGCCCCAGAAGGACUUCUCUAAGGGACAACUGACUCACAUUAGAAACCAUAUUACCCAGACCCUGGCAGGCUUUGUAGCUUUUGGGCUGCAGUUACAGCAGUUCUUAGGAAGCACGCGUCUCUCCCACACUAGCAUCUGUCCAUGCUUGCUGCUGCCAACACUGAGGAAGACCCUGUGAGGCCCCAGCCCUGGAUGUCCUAAACAGCCUGAGCCCUGAGGCUGCCCCUCCUGCCUCCACACACGUUUUACAGGUAUCUGGGAGAACUGGGACAGUGGAAGCAACCGGGAGGAGAAUCAAGAGAAAAUAUUCAAAAACACUGUGGUGGUGGCUGACAUAGAGAACACUGACUUCACUAAAAAGCUUUGUAAUUGUUGCACUAAUUUGUUUUGUCUCUGUGGCCCAGCCAAGGAGGGGUCUGUACAUAUCUGGAGCAUGGAGGGGAAUAUAUAUGAGAGUCUCAGGGGCCGUUUUGCUUGGCUCUGACUCACCCUGACUCCAGGGAAGCAGGAGGCAGAAACAUCACACCAUUCAGGUGUGGCCAGGCUUUGACCAUUACUGCAAAUUCCCAAGAGUUACCACAGUCCUUUCCCACAUAUACAUUGAGCCUCAGUUGUGGUGCAACUCAAACUUUUAGCUCAAGGAGAGCUGUAGAAGAGGAGAUAGGAUGAGGCGGGAAGAGGAGGAAGAGGAGAGAACGAGGAUGAAGGCAAAAAGGGACUUAGAGAUGAAGGAGGAGGAGGAGAUUGGUGAGACGGGAGAACUGGUUGUCCCUUUUGUGAGUGCCACACACACCCCAAUGCCCCACGGCAAGGGGACCCGAUUUUCCGAGGUGUGGGAGUAUUUUCACCUGGCCCCUGCUCGUGCUGGCCACCACCCCAACCAAUACGCCACUUGCCGCCUGUGUGGCAGGCAGGUGAGCCGUGGCCCCGGGGUUAAUGUGGGCACCACAGCCCUAUGGAAGCACCUGAAGAGCAUGCACAGAGAGGAGCUGGAGAAGAGUGGCCAUGGGCAGGCAGGGCAGCACCAGGACCCAAGGCCCCAAGGGCCCCAGCUCCCCGUGGGCAUUGAGGGUGACUGGGCCAGGCUCCUGGAGCAGGUGGGGACCCUGGCUUCCUGGGCCAGCCAAAGAGAAAAGGAAGUUGUUAGGAGGGAGAGGGUGGUGGAAUGGCGGGAGAGGGCUGUGGAAAGGAGAGAGCGAGCCCUGGAGGAGGUGGAAAGGGCCAUCCUGGAGAUGAAAUGGAAGGUGAGGGCUGAGAAGGAGGCCUGCCAGAGGAACACGGACCAGUCUGUGGCAGCCCACCCCUUCCAUUUCGUUUAAAUAGGGCUUGGAGCAAUCUAUUCUGAAAAUACUGACUUUAGACUCAUAGCAAAGAGCCAUUUUAGUGCCAGCUUAAAUAUAUAGCAAAGCAAUUUAGUGAGAUUUUGUUUUUUAAGAGAAAGAAUGGAUAGUAUAGGUUAAUCUCAGCAGGUCUGAAUUGACCAAAUACUUAUCUAUAGGGCUGC